GUACACAAAUUUGGAAUUCACGUACCUUUUUAAAACCAUAAAACCACUAAAAGCUAUAGAAAUAAUGAGAUGACAAGAUAUAGAGAUCAUUUAACAAAGAAAGCAAAAUGUCGAGAUUUAGCAACACCUUGAUAGGUUUCUUGAACCUACUGACACUCCUGGUUUCCAUUCCGAUCAUCGGUGGCGGCUUAUGGAUGGCAAGAAGCACCGCCACCUGUGAAAGCUUCCUUCAAAGGCCACUUAUGGUGUUAGGGUUUGUGAUCUUGCUAAUAUCACUAGCUGGUUUCAUAGGUGCAUGUUUUCAUGUGGUAUGGGCUUUGUGGGUGUACUUGGUGGUGAUGUUGUUCUUGAUCACCGCCUUAUUGGCCAUGACGGUUUUUGGGUUUGUGGUGGCGGGUCCUGGCGGUGGAGUGGAGGUUCCCGGUAGGAAUUAUAGGGAGUACCAUUUGCAAAGUUAUUCACCUUGGUUGAGGAAAAGGAUUGAAAAUCCUGAUUAUUGGAUGACUAUUAGAAGUUGCAUCUUGGGGUCCAAGACUUGUAGUAAGAUUGUUAUGUGGACACCUGUUGACUAUUUGACUCGAGACAUGUCUCCGAUUCAGUCAGGGUGUUGCAAACCACUAACUUCAUGCAACUAUGAAGCGCCGAUGAUGACACAGGAUCCCGACUGCUACAAAUGGAACAACGACCCAAGCGUGUUGUGCUAUGAAUGUGACUCGUGCAAGGCGGGGGUGCUAGAGGAUGUGCGGCGGGAUUGGCACAAACUCUCGAUUCUCAACAUCGUUAUGGUGAUGCUUCUGAUUGGCAUUUAUUGUAUCGGUUGUUGUGCAUUCCAGAAUGCAAAGAGGGACGAUAGCUACCCUUCUAAUAGAAUGUAUAAAGUUCGACCCAAAUGGAAUUUUUAUUCUGGUGGACGAUAGUUUACCAAC